AUGUUCAGAACUUCUAUUCGUUCCUUGGCUACUUUUGUAUCCCCUGAAGCCGUCUUACCAAAGAAGUACGGUGGAAAGUACACCGUCACUUUGAUUCCUGGUGAUGGUAUCGGUAAAGAAAUCACUGACUCUGUCAAAACUAUUUUUGCCGACCAAAGAGUCCCAAUCGAUUGGGAAGUUGUCGAUGUUUCCGGUGUUGAGGGUGGUUCUGUUGAUGAAGCUGUCUUGUCUUUGAAGAGAAACAAGGUUGGUUUAAAGGGUAUUCUUUAUACUCCUUCUGACAAAUCUGGUAAGUCUUUGAACGUUGCCUUGAGAAAGGAAUUAGAUAUCUAUGCUUCUUUGGUUCUUAUCAAGAACAUCCCUGGUGUUAAGUCAAGAUUGGACGGUAUUGAUUUUGCCUUGGUCAGAGAAAACACUGAAGGUGAAUACUCUGGUUUGGAACAUCAAUCUUACCCUGGUGUUGUUGAAUCUUUGAAGAUCAUGACCAGAUUCAAGUCUGAAAGAAUUGCCAAGUUUGCCUUUGACUUUGCUAAGAAGAACAACAGAAAGUUGGUCACUGCUAUCCACAAGGCUAACAUUAUGAAGUUGGGUGAUGGUUUAUUCAGACAAACCGUUAAAGAUGUUGGUCAAGACUACCCCGGUGUUGAAGUUAACGACUUGAUUGUCGACAAUGCAUCCAUGCAAGCUGUUGCCAAGCCUCAACAAUUUGAUGUUUUGGUUACUCCUAACUUGUACGGUACCAUCUUAUCUAACAUUGGUGCUGCAUUGAUUGGUGGUCCAGGUUUAGUUCCUGGUGCUAACUUUGGUAGAGAAUACGCUGUUUUCGAACCAGGUUGUAGACACGUUGGUUUGGACAUUAAGGGUCAAAACACUGCUAACCCAACUGCCAUGAUUUUGUCUGCUUGUAUGAUGUUGAGACACUUGGGUUUGAAUGAACAAGCUGAUAAGAUCUCUAAGGCUACUUACGAUGUCAUUGCUGAAGGUUCCGUUAGAACAAAGGAUAUUGGUGGUGCUUCUUCUACUACUGACUUCACUUCAGCUAUUUUAUCCAAGUUGAACGCUUAA